UUCAUCAUCGCCUUCGUCCUGGCCUUCUCCGUCGGCGCCAACGACGUGGCCAACUCCUUUGGGACGGCGGUGGGCUCGGGGGUGGUGACCCUCCGGCAAGCCUGCAUCUUGGCCAGCGUCUUUGAGACCGUGGGCUCCGUCCUGCUGGGAGCCAAAGUCAGCGAGACCAUCCGGAAGGGGCUGAUCGAUGUGGAGAUGUACAACUCCACCCGGCAGCUCCUGAUGGCCGGUUCCAUCAGCGCCAUGUUCGGCUCUGCUGUGUGGCAGCUGAUGGCUUCGUUCCUGAAGCUCCCCAUUUCUGGGACCCACUGCAUUGUUGGAGCCACCAUUGGCUUUUCGCUGGUGGCCACGGGGCAAAAAGGUGUCAAGUGGUCUGAGCUGCUAAAGAUUGUGUUGUCCUGGUUCAUCUCACCCCUCCUUUCGGGCAUCAUGUCUGCUAUCCUCUUCUUCCUUGUCCAGAGGUUCAUCCUCCGUAAGGCAGACCCAGUUCCCAACGGCUUGCGAGCUCUGCCCGUCUUCUACGCCUGCACCGUGGGGAUCAACCUCUUCUCCAUCAUGUACACCGGCGCCCCCCUGCUGGGCUUUGACAAACUUCCUCUGUGGGGUAUCCUCCUCAUUUCGGCGGGGAGUGCUGUUCUCUGUGCUCUCGUCGUCUGGUUCUUUGUAUGUCCGAGGAUGAAGAAGAAAAUUGAACGAGAAAUCAAAUCCAGUCCCUCCGAGAGCCCCCUGAUGGAGAAGAACGUCGGCCCCAAGGAGGACCCCGAGGAGCCCAAGGCGCCACCGGGCGAUGCCAAGGGUCUGAGCCAAGCCGUGGGCCACCAGCUGAGCUGCAGCGGGCAGUACCAGUACCACACCGUGCACAAGGACUCGGGGCUCUACAAGGAGCUGCUGCACAAGCUGCACUUGGCCAAGAUGGGGGACUGCAUGGGGGACUCGGGGGACAAACCCCUGCGGAGGAACAACAGCUACACCUCCUACACCAUGGCCAUCUUGGCCGACGCCCACCCCGCCGCCCCCGUGGAUCUCGACACGGCUCAAGUGGAGAUGGGGGUCGGCGACUGCAAGGGCAGCAGGAGCUCCCUGGAGGAGUGGCACGACCAGGAUAAACCCGAGGUGUCCCUCCUCUUCCAGUUCCUGCAGAUCCUCACGGCUUGCUUCGGCUCCUUCGCUCACGGGGGGAACGAUGUCAGCAAUGCCAUAGGGCCUCUGGUCGCCCUCUACCUGGUCUACCAGACGGGGGAUGUGGCCACCAAGGUGGCAACUCCCAUCUGGCUGCUGCUCUACGGAGGAGCAGGGAUUUGCAUCGGCCUGUGGGUCUGGGGAAGGAGAGUCAUCCAGACCAUGGGGAAGGACCUGACUCCCAUCACACCAUCAAGUGGCUUCAGCAUCGAGCUGGCAUCUGCCCUCACCGUGGUGAUCGCCUCCAACGUUGGCCUCCCCAUCAGCACGACCCACUGCAAG